UAGAAUGCGGUUUGGAGGGUUGCCAUUGAAAAGAUCUUGAGGCGACGCCCACCGGCAGCUGACGCGCGUAAAGCGGCGCGCACACGCACGCACGCACGCACACACGCACACACGCUCAGACGCACACGCGCGCCCUGGAGAGGCGCUCCGUAACCGUUCACUACUGUUUACGCCUCGUGUGACAGCUGGGCAGCUUUCAGAGCUCUGGAAAAGACCGAUCUGUUUCAUCUCGCGUUUGUGUUUUGAAUCAUGUGCACUUGCUGUGACUGACAGUGCGCGCGUCCUGCUGGAAUACCGCGUCCUAGAAGUAGCGCAUGCAUGUUGGGAUUUACUCCACUGACGUUUGCCUAAACUUCGUGGCGCGCACCUUGCACAUCCGCGUCCUCUUUCUUUCUUUUUAAAUUUUUUUUUCUUCUUUUUGACCGGAUUAAAGGCUAAUAUUGGUUCCCAAAAGGUCUUUAUGUUCGUUUCCACGUAUAGCGCGCGCACUCCAGAUGCAUGUACUGUUUGACCGGGACAGGAAAGAAGCCGCGGUUGGCACCGGCACCAUGUUCAGCUGUGUGGGCUGCUUCUGGCUGCUGCUGUCCGCCGCGCUCGUUGCGCUCUGCAGCUUCAGCUUCAUCUCUCCAGCGUGGAUCGUGAAGGAGCAGCAGCACGACAGGAGCGGCCACUCGGUCAGUUUCGGCCUGCUCUGGCACUGCUCCGAGUCUCUGGACCAUAUGUACACAUGCUACGCGUUUGGCGGCAUUGGGAGGUUUGCCGAGAUUCCCUCCAGCUCCUGGCAGACGAGUGCUGUGCUGUGCUCCGGAGGUUGCGCGCUCUUGGCUGUCAGCUCGCUGCUGGCCAUCAUCACCAUCUUCUUGCCCGGUGGAAACUGCGAGAGGAAGAUCUGCACACUGGCUGGAUACAUGCAGAUGGCUGCAGUGUUCAUCAUGGCAUCCGGUUUGCUGGUUUAUCCCUUUGGCCUAAACUCCAGUUUGGUCAAGUCCUUCUGCGGAAAUUCGGACAUCUACUACGCCGGCGAGUGCCAGAUAGGCUGGGGCUACAUGUUGGCCAUCGUGGGUGUCAUGCUCACCCUCUUUUUACCCUUUUUUGCAAAGUAUGCCCCAAAAGAGCAGCUCCUGCCCACUCCACUGCCCACACUUUUAUAACCCCCCUGUCAUGCCCAUCGUAUCUUCUCUGAGCUGUUAAGAUCUGUAUUGCCCUGUUCUUCUUCUUGGUCAACAAUCAUAAUGUUGCCACUUUGGAAUAAGUGUGCCUGGAGGAGCCAUUGUGUUCAUUGUGUGAUGUGCUGCAUCGUCUUCCUUCAUCUGAUCAGCUACUUCCUUUCAUUGGCAUCCCUCGUGGUGGAAACUGUUUUCUGAAACUUCUUUUUUUUUUUUUUUUUUGGAAAUGCACAUUCCUGGGAACCCCCUUUUCUUUCUCCUCCUUUUCGCACUACAAACUAAUUUAUACUUUUAAAAAUCACAUGAAAUGAAAUGCAAUUAAUGCAUCAUCACUAAAAUCUUUGGAAAGGCAACACCAAAACAGCAGAUGAAACUAUGCGAAUGGUAAAUCGAACAUUCUAGUUCUACCUAAUACGCAUCUGGACGCAAGGACAAGGAGAACUUUUCUCAAAAACAUCAGGGAUUAUCGAGAGGAAAGCAAGGAUCUCAGAAAUCUUUCAUGCAACAUCAAAUAAUAUUCAACUAUCCAAGACCAAUUACAAAGGAGGGUAAGAAAAUUCUGUUCCUGGAUCCACUGGCUAUGAAUGUUUUCUUCUUCACUAUGGAUCAGGCUUUUGAGGAAAUAAAAUGGAUUCAUGAUCCUGAUGAAAAUCUGAAAGGGUUUGGAAAAAUCUGCCAUAUAUUUAUCCAGUAACAACCAACACUGUGGCUAACAGGCUAGGAGAACAGAAAAACAUUUCUUUAAAAAAUUAUUACACAAACUGGCGUUUUUAUAUGUAUUUUGCUUUAGGCUGGGCUGUGACUAGUCAGUGGACGUCCAAACAGCACAGCAGUGAGAAAAUAGUAGAUGAGGCUCGUGACCACAAAAAAAAAAAAAAGCCAACAAAAGCACUGACAUUUUCACCACUAAACUUGUGUUGUCAUUUUAAAUGACCUGAAAACUAAAACCCUGAAAACCUGCGUGUUUCUCUCAGUUUGCCCUCGCUUCCUAUCAGUUUUAAUAGGAAUAUUAAAAGGCCAAGUCAUAACAUCUGUUUUUGUACCUUUCACUAAAUUGAAUAUUCAGGAUUCUACAAGAUUAGGAGAAAGGCAAAGAAAAAAAAGCUAUGUAAUUACCAAGAUACACCGAUGGAAAAAAAUAAUAAAUGCAACACUAUUUUAUUAGUUAUACAGAAAGCUGCCAGUUAUUAAAACCCAGUACCCAGUGAACGUUAGUUCAGAAAGCUAUUGUUUUUUUUAGUAGAAGAAAAAAAAAAGUCUUAAGGAGGUCUCUAUUGCAUAAAGCAUUGAAAAUCUUGAAAAUGAAGUGUACGGACAAGAGGAUGAUUAGUCUAAGCAACACUACUCUGUCUUGGCUGUUGAGACCCUUUUAACGCUCUGGCAGGACGGCCGAGGAUCUGGUUCAUAAAUUUGGACUCCCUCUCUUGACCCUAUCACUUCAGGGAGCUCCUCUGGGACGUUGUGAAUCACGACAUCGGACACUUGUAAGAUCCUUGUGCAGGAAUUGGAGAAAAUCUCACUACUACUUUGGCUCUCUGAAGUGAACUGGAGGUCUAGACCAAUUUAGGCUCUAAAGUUACUAAAACACUAAGGCGUCCAUCAGUGUUGCAUUUCUUUUGUUUUUCCAUUAGUGCACACAAAGUCAUCACAGAGAUACUCCUAAAAAUUUAAAAGACAACAAAACAAAAGACCUUUUUCUGCCCUAACCAACGUGUGCCUUUUUAAAAAAAACAAAAAAAAACAAAAACAAAAAACCACGAUUAAGACGACUUCAAUACCUUUGAUCAGGUUACCUCUGCUGAAACUCUAGUUUUGUAAAUGCUUCCUAGUUUUUUGGUUCCUCCCCCUGUGCUGUGCAUUUCUGUGAAUGUCUUGAUUUGCUAUGAAUGCAACGGGGAUUGUGUCAGUUGUAAGUUGUCCAGACGGUAACUCUAGCAAAUUCACAUGAAGCUGUACAAAUAGAAUUUCUAAGGGACAAUAAUACAGGACAAAAUAAGGAGCAUAUAAAUAGGAAAACGAAUGGGAAUGAAUGAGGGAUUAAAACAGUAGAGCACUAGUGUCAAGACUCAUUAGCCAGACACUCAAUUAUUAUUUGACAAAAAUGAGACGAUAACAAUAAGCAAUACAGCACAAAACUGAGAUGCUCAUCAACCUGAACUUGGCCCUCAUAUGUGUUUCCUCUUGGUACCUUUUUGUGUGAUAUGUUUUCAGAAUUGCUAAAUGAAUAUAUUCGGUCUUCGGCUAAGACUUUCUACUUUCCAUUUAUUAACGCGUUUAAACAUGCAAUGGAAUUUGGCUACAAACAAAGCCAGCUGAACAAAUUCUAUCCCAAACUGUGAGCAAGUGUAAUUACACUUUAAAGAUUUGAUUUUUGUUUGUUUGUUUAAAUAGCAUAAAACACUGACUAGUCUUACCGGCGUACACUGCGUGAUAAGCACCAAUGAGGAUAAUGAGAUGUAUGUGCUGAUGCAGACGUUCCCAAAACGCACUCGGAUGACGCUGUUAUUGUAAUAAUGUUCGGUACAGUGACUCCUUUUGUCUGUAAUAACGUGUGUGAGAUCUGAACUCUGACUCUGUUGUAUUUUAGUUUUCCAUUAUGUGGUUUUGGCUGUAAAUAAUUAUGUAAAAUGUCUGUUCAUGCUUAAAAAAAAAAAAAAGAAAGAAAGAAAGAAAGAAAAAAAAGAAGAAAAAAGGUCGAUCCCCUUUUGGAAGAUCUAUUUUGAGAUAUUACCUCAUAAUUGUGUUUGUUUAUCCUCUGACCCUUAACAAGACUUGCUGUUGUGUGUUUUUCUCUUUGUAAUAAAAUGUUUCAUUAACAAAGAAAACUGACUUUUUUGUGUUCUGAACUUCAUUAAUAGUCUUAAGCAUAUACAAGUGUUGAACUGAAGAAAAAAAAAAAGAGUCACUUGUUAAAUGGUUAAACUGAUUCAUGAGCAACGCUUGGUACAAUUAUGGUUCAUCUCUGAACUUCAACGAAAUUAAAACACACCUUUCAAUCUAUAAAACUUUCCUGCUGUGUCCGUUCACAUCACAUUUCCGAAAAUGCCCGGACCUCGUUUCUCAUCUCGGCGUCUGAU